UCAACUUUAGGGAGCAAUAUGUUGUGGGAAUUCUUACACAAACAACAGGCACUUGCUUUCCUGGCUAUUGGGUUCAGCUCCGUGCUGAUUUACCAACUGGCUCACAACUACCGGCGGCUGCAACAUAUUCCCGGUCCUCUUGUUGCCAAAUUGACUGAUAUUCAUCGUUUUAUGCUAGUACGGUCUGGCUUUAUUCAUCUCUAUCAAGCCAGUGCUCAUGAGCGUUAUGGUUCUGUCGUACGCUUUGGUCCUAAUCUGGUGUCUAUCUGUGAUCCAGAGGCCAUCCAAGAGGUAUUCAACAUGAGGAAUGGAUUCAACAAGAGCAACAUGUACCGCGCCUUCAGGCCAUGGACUCCUGCGGGCUUGCUUGUCUCCGUCUUCACUGCCAAGGACGAUAUUGUAAACCGGCAGAUGAAGCAACACAUUGCGGUGUACUUUUCCCUCUCUUACACUGCUGCAUCUUUUGAAGAGAGAGUUGAUAAUGCAAUCCGCAUAUUUUUCAAGCAGCUUGAUAGUCAGUUCGUCACCACUGGAGCAAAGAUUGACUUGACACGCUGGUUCAAAUUCUUCUCCUACGAUGCCAUGGGCUUGAUGACAUUUUCCCGCCCAUAUGGAUGUCUUGAGAAUAGUAGCGAUGCUGCCGGUAUUAUCAGCGACGUGAAGAACUCGAUGCUAGCCAUUGGGCCUAUGACGCAAAUGCCGUGGCUUGACUGGCUAUUGCACAAGAACGGCCUGAUCAACAUGAUCAAGCCAGAGCCGGUAUCUGCCCUGCUAAAAUACGUCCUGGCGCGUAUUUCAGAGCGUCGCAAUAGCCCCAAAGCGAUGCACAGCACAGUUACUGACGGUCCUGACGCAAACGGUGACUUUCUGGGUUAUUUCUUGCAAGCUCAGGAGAAGAAAUCUAACAAGGUUCCUCCACAAUUUCUGUCAACCUGGACCUUGGCAAACAUCUUGGGUGGCUCCGACUCGACCGCUUCCAUGCUUCGCUCCGUUGUGUGUUUUCUUGUGGAAAAUCCCGAUGCACUGGAAACCAUGCGAGCAGAGUUACGUGACAAGAAACAACAUGCCGAGGGCUCUUCUGCCCCGAUCCCAAAAUGGACUAAGAUACAAGACCUGCCCUUCCUCAACGCCUGUGUUAUCGAGUCACUCCGGCUGGAUCCUCCGUUCGCUACCACCCUGGAACGCGUGGUUCCCCCAGAGGGGGUAACAAUAUGUGGUGCUUUCUAUCCCGGAGGCACUGUUGUUGGCAUGAAUCCUUAUAUCACGAAUCGUCAUCGGCCAACAUGGGGCGAAGACGCAGACCAGUGGCGCCCAAGUCGCUGGCUAGAAGGUGAUCCAGCGCAUAUCAGAAAGCUUCAGGCCAGUCUGCUGAGCGUGAGUGACACACAAUUCGACUUUCUUUGAAUAUUAAUGGUUAAUUGAUUCUAGUUUGGAGCCGGUACACGUGGUUGCUUAGGACAGCAUGUUGCAGUCUUUGAAAUCAAGAAGCUUGUGGUUGCUCUUUUUAUGAAUUACAAUGUGAGUGGUAACUAC